AUGUCAUAUCACAGAGACAACGCCUCUUUUCCGGCUACCUCAUCCACUCCAUCAAACGCUCCAUACGAAUACUAUGGUUUGACGUACAAACAAUGGUGCGACCUCAAAUAUCCUCAAGAGCCAUUGGAUGUUAGUAAUGCGCAGCUGGCAGCGGCCACUGGCAGAUUAGGACCAACUCGCACCGAUCCUCUUCUCUUCCCUCCUGUCAUGCCUCCAGAAUGGUCUGAUCUCCCUCAAAAUACUCCCCAGUAUUUCUCUCCUCUACCAUAUCCACCAAAUCCUAUCGAUCCAACCAUACGUAAUGAUAUCGAUGACUCCAUGGUCCUCAGAAACUCUAGAACAGUUGCGGCACAAUUAAAAACUCGAUUAUCAGGUCCUUCCAGAAGUCGUAUUCCCACAGCAGCCACGCGUCCAGCCGAAGGCGCCGCUUCUCUCGGUGCUGUUGUCGAAGAGAAACCAGACCCUAUCCGCGCUGCAGUCAUGGCAAGAUUAACCAGAGAAGCAAGAACAGCAGCCCUUCCUCUUGACGUCCCACACCGUAAACAACUUGACAUUUUGAGGGAUAUGCCGUUGCGCAGACAACUCUCUCUACGAGAACCAGACGACUUUUUUCAUCGCUCGCGUCCUGACUACUGGGAUGCAACAGCCGGAUACCUAGUGGGUGAAGUAGCCCCUGAGCCCUGCAACUACUGCAAAGCCGGUAAUGGGCGAUUUGCGGAGUGUAUUGUGGUUUCACCUCAAUCUGGCAGUGAUCGACAGCUAUUUGGAGGAGUUUGUAUGAGUUGUGCUUAUCAAAGUUCGCCGAGAAAGUGUUCGUUUCAUCCAAAUCACAAGAACUUGGAAGAUAGAAAGGACAGGGAGCGCAAAAAGGGCAAAAAGAGGACACGUAAGAGGGAUGAUUGA